AUGUCGAUGCGAAUCGUCCCCGCCGCAAACCAACCCACAACCUUCGCCGCAGGCGCCAACGCCCCCUCGGCACCGGGCGUCCACGACACCCUCCGCGCCGGCGUAGGCCAGUCCGCCUACGACGCCAAAGAAAACGUCGCCGCCUCCGCCCACCCUCUCGAGUCCCGCCUCAAGAACUGGGAGGCCACCCAGGAAGGCAUGCGCAUGGAGACGCUCCGCCGCACCUUUGGCCUCGCCGAACCCAUCCGCCGCCAGAUGGAGCUCAAGAUUACGCAAAACGGCGAGUGGCGGCCCCUCGCCCUCGGCGGUCAAAAGGCCUCCGUCCACGAGGAGAUCCUCCGCGGCAAGGACUCCAGCGUCACGUGGGAGGACGUCUACUCCGGCGAGGAGAGCGUGGGCAUCGUUGGUAUGCACGACGAGAUGGAGAGGAAGCUCAAGAUUUGA